GCUUAUGUCAUCACGGGAAAAUUCAUUCCUCGCAGCCUGCAUUGUUGGAGUUUUUGCCUUAAGGUUGAACAACAACACAGAGUGAACAUACACAUAACGCACUGGAAAUGGCCACCACGGAGACGCCUGGAGCCACAGAUGACAAGGUGUCCCCUCUGAGUAUAAAGAUGGAUGAGCUGAUCGACGAGAUGGGGAAAACGGGAAGAUUCCAAAUACUUGUCUUCAUACUGCUCUGUUUCAACUACUGUCCACUGGUGUUUAACCACGUUAUCAUGGCGUUUUUUGGCGCUCGGAUCACCCACACCUGUCACGCCGUAGGAAAUAUUUCUGUCUAUAUUCAUAAUUCUACCAAUAAGACAGUUAUUGGUCAAGAAUCUGGGCAGUGUGACACAAAACUCUUCCUGGACGAUGGUGUUAACCUGACCUUCAGCUGUAAGCCUGGCCAAUGGACGUAUGACACCGAUGGAAGGGAGACAACUAUUGGGACGGAGUGGGACUUGGUAUGCGAUGACGACAGCCUGAGAAGCCUGGCCACGACCGUCUAUUUCUGUGGAGUGAUGCUGGGAGGUCUACUGUUCGGGUACCUGUCGGAUAGGUUUGGCCGCAGACCCAUAAUGCUGGUCACUCUGUAUGCUCCCGUGGUCAUCGGUCUUGGAAUACACUUUGUCCCAUCCUACACCUGGUUUGUUUGUCUCCGAUUUGUGGAAGGCAUCUUUCUACAGGGUCUUCAGAUAAGUACAUAUGUCCUCGUAGCUGAGAUGUUUGUCCCGGCCUAUAGACCUCUAGCUGGGGCGAUUCUAGAGUGUUUCUGGGGAGCAAGUGUCAUUGCAAUUGCGGCCAUUGCAUAUCUUGUCCGUGACUGGCGCUACAUACAGCUGGCAAUCAGCAUUCCAAGCGGUCUGGCUCUGUUUUACAUAUGCGUCAUGCCAGAAUCCCUGCGGUGGAUGAUAAUGCGUGGAAGACUGGCCGACGCGGAGAAGUGCGUCUCCAGGGUAACCACCUUCAACAGGAAGGACUUCCCCAAGGAAUCGUGGGCCUCGGUGCGUUCUUUGGCAGAAGUUAAAGGAGCGUCUUCUAAACAGCAAUACACCUUCUUAGAUCUGUUGAAGACCCCCCAGAUGAGGAAGCGAAGUAUUCUACUCUUUUACAUAUGGUUUGCCGUUGCAGUUGGUUACUAUGGAUUGACUUUCAAGAUCACAUCACUGGCUGGCAACAAGUAUCUCAAUUUCUUCAUCGGCGGCUGCGUCGAAAUGCUGGCCUACAUCAUAGGCAUAUAUGUCAUGGUGAAGAUAAAACGAAGAGUUGCGGUCAUUUCCUUCGCCCUGCUGGCUGCUGUGACGUGCAUAAUAGCUGGGGCGUUACCUUCAGGAGAGACGGAUUCUGGUGUUGACUUAACUCUCGUAUCAACUGGUUUCGCCAUUGUUGGACGAUUCGCUGUGGGUGGACUUUUCAGUUUGAUAUUUCUCUAUACGUCUGAAGUGUACCCAACAGUCAUCAGGAAUAUUGGCAUGGGGACGUGCGCAUUUUGGACCCGUGUGGGUGGAGUGAUUGCACCGCAGAUAAACAGAUUGGGCGAGCAGACAUCCGAGGCGGCCCCCAUCAUCGUUUUUGGCGUCAUGACCGUUAUAGUCGCCGUGGCUACGUUCUUCCUACCAGAGACCCAUAAGAAGAAAAUUCCAAAUACCAUCCAAGAAGUCGAGGGUUCGGACGAAAUAACCUCAUCUUCUGUCAUUGAGGAAACACAGAUGUGACAGUAGGAUGAUGUGAUUCUCGGUUUGUAUUUCAUGUUCCUGAAGUGACAUCCAUUAAAGUUUGAAUUAUAUAUUAAUUCAAAUGAAUCUUUACGUGUUCGUCGCUUUUUUGAACUAGGUGAAUUCAUGAUAACAUGACAUUUAACUUAAUCAGUGUUUCUCCUUCAUGGCUGCAAUACCUUUGAGUUGCUGUGCCGCUCGUGGUGUUGUUGUAUGUAAUCAAUAAUAAAAGACAAAUUUACCCUUCGACUAAAUGCUUGAAAGUGUCACAGCGUGACAUGUACAUCCAUAUUUAUUCAGUAAUUCAAAACGUGUAUUUUAAAUGUUUUAGGUUAGUGUCAAGUUGAAUAUAUUAAUUCAUUAGUCUUGUAUUGUACAUCCUAUGUUGUACAACAUCUGUAGUAAUUAAGGCCCUGUCGUGUCGGUUACGUGGUUAGUCCACAACCAUUCAUCUGGUUAACUUGCACCGUUUGACGCAUAUCUGUAAUGUUUAGGUUUACGUGUUGAUUUUAUACUGCUAUAUAAAAAAUGACGUUAUGUAGAUACCUCAGCCUGGAAGUCUGUAUACAGACAAACUCCGUUCUGGAUAUACCGCUUCCUGGAAUACCCCAACUCUGAGACAGAAUGUCCGUUUUCUAUCUCUUUGUGUACUGUAUAUUUGUGAUUUGUGAUUAUUAAAGAUGUUGAAACUUC